AUCUCCAGACCUCUCCGGAUCAUGCUAUAAGAACGAUCUACUUACAUUGGGCCAUGCCGUCAUUCUACGAUUCGUUUGAACGAUGUCUACUGGGAUUGUUCUGCACUUGCGCGACCAACACGUACUUCCUGGUGAAAGGUUGGCUGGGACUGUUGACGUCGAUUUCGACAAGGGGUUGCUGGAGGAUAUCGAACAGAUCAAAGUGAAGAUCAGGGGUUCAAUCCAGACCGUCGUGUACAACUCGACUGGUGUAGGCACGAAUACCUACCCCACGCGAGUCGAGCUCAUUCGUGCCGACAUUCCCCUGUGGGAACGUGACCAGACGUCACCACAAACGGGCACGCUCACCUUUCCGUUCGACUACCAACUGCCAUCCAGACUUCUGCCCUCCUUCCAUGCGAAAGGUGGCAACGGAUACGGAAAUAUCACUUACUUCGUGGAGGUAGUCGGCUCGAGGCCAGGCUUGCUGCAUCGAAGUCGACGCGUUCGAUCGCUUUUCUCGGUACUUCCUGUUGGCUCGCGUGAGCAUGACGAGGUUCGUCGGUCUUUGACCCGGGGCUGGGGCGCCGCCAUGCCGUGGAAGGCAUGUACGCGAUCCAAGUCCAUACGCGAAGGAGUGUGGGGAGGCUAUUCGCAAGUGGACGUCAAUUUGCGCGUUCCGGACGUCCUUGCAUUCCCCUUGGGCACGCCUAUACCGAUCAAGCUGGAUAUCAUCACCACGACAAAAUCCUACAAAGCGUCAGAGCCAGGCGACGAAAAGGACGGUGAACCCAUGUUUCCGGCACCUCCGAUGGAUCCCACAUCUCUGAAGCUUCGUGUUGACCGCGAGACCACUGUGAACUCGAAGGAACAGUGGACUACUGUAAAGGCCAGAAUUACUGACCUUGUGUGUUAUGCCGUUGGAUUUGGGCCCGAGGGCAAGAACAAUGUCUCUUGCAACCGUCUCCGUGUUUGGCAGGAUGCACCGGAGUGGAUACCUGCUCCUGAUCAGUCAAAGGGUCAACUUCUUGGACGCAACAAGGAACGACAAGUUUGCAGACGUGCCAGCCACUUUGAGACGGUCAUCGAACUCGCAUGCCCACCCUCCUUCAAGACCGACACUCUCGAAGCAGCGUACUUCCUUCGUCUACGGGUGCCUUUUCCCGGAGUUGGGAACGACGUCAAGUGUGAGAUACCUUUAAACAUCGUCGCCGGCUCCAUGCGGUCUCGGACGAGCAUUGCGGACAGUGAUACGGAUAAGGCCGGAUUUGUUGCGCGGAACGCAGACGAGAGGUCGCUACCUCCGUACUUCGAGACGACAACCGUGCUGGAUUUGCCACCGGCGUAUUGGUCGGCCGAGGACUACAUCUUCGAGGCAGAUGAAAAGGACUGAGGCUCAGAUCUUCUCCGCCUAGCUUUCCGUGCAUCUCACCCUGUAUGAAUGCACUGGCAGUGAUCGAAACAUCCAUGUGUAUUAUGCUACCGCUGUUGAAGCCUUGCCGAUGUUAUACGGUCCCUUCAGGAGCUGGACUGCUUGAA